AUGUGGACCCCUUUCCAAGAAAUCAUCUUCAAUGAAACAACAAAUGAUGUCGGUCAAUUCACGGCCGACAUAGACUCGGCCUUGGAUAAGGUUGAAAGCUACAACUUCAGCAUCAAGGUGUCAUUAGCGAAGAAAAAACAGGCGAGUCAGAUCGCUGAAAACUUGGCUAACCAAGAUUAUCCGGCAGAGAAUAGAUUCACUAUCGAAGUCAAAUCGUUAGACAGAGGCAUUUACAAUUUGGAGAACGAGCGGCAACUCGUGCUUGCGCGCGUGGAUCAAGCGAUCCGUUGUCUCGAGAUGCAAAGGGAGACGGCAAACAAUCUUGCAGGACAAGUAGAGGGCGAGGAACAGGAGAACGCAUUAAUUGCUGUUGGAAAAUGGGAUGCAGAUAUUGUGUAUCUGCAGCUCAGGAGAGAGGUGCUAGGGCACAGCAUGCAGUGA